AGAGCACAGCAAAGAUCUGCCCACCCCAGGCCUCUACCUAGUGGUCUGGAAAUUCAAGUAUUCUUAUUGGUGGAGGCCAUUUAUUUCUGGUUAGAAGCUGUCUAAACCUCCUGCUCCUCAACUCAAAGGAAAACACAGAGCAUACCAUGGCCAAGAAAGUUGCAGUGAUUGGAGCUGGUGUGAGUGGCAUCUCCUCCAUCAAAUGCUGUGUGGAUGAGGACCUGGAGCCCACCUGCUUUGAGAGAAGUGAUGACAUUGGGGGAUUAUGGAAGUUUACAGAAUCUUCCAAAGAUGGGAUGACCAGGGUCUAUAAGUCAUUAGUGACAAAUGUCUGUAAGGAAAUGUCAUGUUACAGUGACUUCCCUUUCCACGAAGAUUAUCCUAAUUUCAUGAACCAGGAAAAAUUUUGGGACUAUCUCCAAGAAUUUGCUGAGCACUUUGACCUCCUGAAAUACAUUCAGUUUAAGACCACUGUGUGUAGCAUCACGAAGCGUCCAGACUUCUCCGAAACUGGUCAGUGGGAUGUUGUCACAGAGACAGAGGGCAAGCAAAAUAGAGCUGUCUUUGAUGCUGUUAUGGUGUGCACUGGACAUUUCCUGAAUCCCCAUUUACCUUUGGAAGCCUUUCCUGGAAUUCACAAGUUUAAAGGUCAGAUCCUGCAUAGUCAAGAGUACAAGAUCCCAGAAGGCUUUCAGGGCAAGCGCAUCUUGGUGAUCGGUCUUGGGAACACUGGAGGAGACAUUGCUGUGGAACUCAGUCGAACAGCAGCUCAGGUACUUCUCAGUACUAGAACUGGUACCUGGGUUCUCGGGCGCUCUGCAGAUUGGGGCUAUCCUUUUAAUAUGAUGGUUAUAAGAAGAUACUAUAGUUUUAUUGCACAAGUUCUGCCUUCACGUUUUCUAAAUUGGAUUCAAGAGAGGAAGUUGAAUAAGAGAUUUAAUCAUGAGGAUUACGGAUUAAGUAUUACCAAAGGGAAAACAGCAAAAUUCAUCGUGAAUGAUGAGCUGCCAAACUGUAUCCUCUGUGGGACAAUCACUGUGAAAACCAGCGUGAUGGAAUUUACAGAAACCUCUGCUGUCUUUGAAGAUGGGACAGUGGAAGAAAACAUUGAUGUUGUGAUCUUCACUACAGGAUAUACGUUUUCUUUUCCUUUUUUUGAAGAACCUCUUAAAAGCCUCUGUACAAAGAAGAUAUUUCUAUACAAGAACGUCUUUCCCUUAAACCUGGAGAGAGCAACAUUAGCCAUCAUCGGCCUUCUCAGCCUUAAAGGAUCCAUCUUAUCAGCCACAGAGCUCCAAGCACGAUGGGCCACAAGAGUAUUCAAAGGACUCUGUAAGAUACCUCCAUCCCAAAAAUUGAUGAUGGAGGCUACUGAAAAGGAACAGCUCAUUAAAAGGGGUGUGAUUAAAGACACCAACAAAGACAAAUUGGACUACAUUGCCUACAUGGAUGAUAUCGCUGCCUGCAUAGGCACAAAGCCCAGCAUCCCACUUCUGUUCCUCAAGGAUCCCAGACUAGCUUGGGAGGUUUUCUUUGGACCAUGUACUCCUUACCAGUACCGCCUUGUGGGCCCUGGAAAAUGGGAUGGAGCCAGAAAAGCCAUCCUGACCCAGUGGGACAGAACAUUGAAACCUUUAAAAACUCGAAUUGUCCCUGAUUCCUCCAAGCCUGCCUCCAUGUCACAUUAUUUAAAAGCCUGGGGGGCACCUGUCCUACUUGCCUCUCUUCUACUUAUCUGUAAAUCUUCACUUUUCUUGAAGUUGGUGAGAGAUAAACUACAGGACAGAAUGUCCCCUUACCUAGUAAGUCUUUGGCGAGGAUGAACCUGAUUGUUACCAGGGUUGCACCAAGUCAUGCUAAUUCUAUCUCCAAGUAUCUUGUGCAUUCCUCCUCUGCUCUCCAUCAUAACUGCUAUAAGCCAAAUUCAGGCCCAGUCAUCUCUUAUCUGAAUUAUUGUAUUGUCUUCUUUGUUUUCAGUACCCUCUUUCUUGCCACCCUUUCCAAUGCAUUUUCUACCCUGCUACCUCAGUGAUUAUUCUAAAAUAAACAUCUAUGAUAUGAUUUA